AAAGAUUGAAUUCCCUCUUAUCACAUGCUGGGAAAAUACCCCUAAACUUCUCUCAUAUUAGUUUAUCCUUUUAUCUCCACUCAUAUAUAUGUCUGCACCUAUUUUUAUGUAUAUUGUGCACGGAUAAACAUACAUGAAGCUAACAAACUGAAGGAAACUGUAAGAAGCAACUGGACAAAAAGAGAAAGAAAAGAAAAUUCAGUCAUCACCAUCCUAUUUUGUUACAAAUUAAGAGUGAGGGCCAAAGAAAUGGGGAGAGGAAAGGUGGUUUUGGAGAGGAUAGAGAACAAGAUCAGUCGUCAGGUAACUUUCUCCAAGAGAAGAAAUGGUUUGCUCAAAAAAGCUUAUGAACUCUCGCUUCUUUGCGAUGCUGAGGUUGCUCUUAUCAUCUUUUCUAGCCAUGGCAAGCUUUUUGAGUUUAGUAGCAUUGAUAUGAACAGUAUCCUUCAGCGAUAUCGACAAUGUUGCUACAGCACACAAGACACCAACAUCCCUGAGGAAGGGUCACAUAACUUAUACCAAGAGGUCUCCAGGUUAAGGGCAAAAUGUGAGACUCUUCAACGCUCUCAAAGGAAUUUUCUUGGAGAAGAUCUUGAACCACUUGCAUUUAAAGAGUUGGAGAAGAUUGAGAAACAGCUUGACAAAACUCUUUCACAAGCUAGGCAAAGGAAGACACAACUGAUGUUUGAUAAAAUGGAAGAGUUACGCCUAAAGGAACAAGAGCUUGAAGAGGAAAACAAACAGCUCAAGACCAAGCUAGAGGAAGUUGUUCUGCGUCUCCCAGCUAUUCAAGGUGUACGAGACCCUAGCAAGGCAGAUGGAUAUAAGCAUUCUGAACCUCUACCCACUUUACAGAUGGGGCACCAUCAAUUUGUUUACCAAGAACAAGCCUUUGAUGCCAGGACUAACAUUCCAGGAAAGAGCAACCCUACUCCAAGAUGGCUCUCGUGAAGUAUUAUAAGUCCUUCAAGUGUGUGUAUGAUAUAUGAGAUAUUAAUGGGUUCCAAGAUGUGUUCCAAAAUUGUUGAUGUUUGAUGAACAUGAACGUGUUUAAUUAGCUCAAGUAAUUAAUGACAUUGCAGUAUUUAUUCUAAUUAAAGCAUGAUUUGGAACUGUUUGAGAUU